AUGUCAGUUGAAAAUUUUGAAGCCUUAAAGCAGCAGUGUUUGUAUAAUGUUUUUCAUCUUGCUGAAUUGUCUGAAUUUUCAGAAUCUUUAAAUCUUUUGCUCUCUGACUGUUUGCAAGAUCCUAUUGCUCUUUCGAACCUACAAUAUCUUGAUACAGUUGUUGGAAAACAUGGCAAACAACAUGGAGAAUUACAUGUUACAAGCUUGGGUGGGGUUUGGAUGCAGACCCAGGRAUUUAGUUCAUUCUGUGGUCUUUGUGCUAUGAACAACUCCCUUUCCUUAGAACCAGGUGUUUCACCAUAUUUUACUGUAGAGGAGGUAGACCUUGCAGCCGAUAUAAUGUGGCUUAAGCAGUUGAUUCUUUGUGGCUCAUUUUCUACACCCAUUGAACCAAUGCGCUUCUUGGAUGGUGAUUAUAGUAUAGUGGCUUUAGAACAGGCAGCUCUUGUUAAAGGUUUGGUAUUUCAAAGAUUGGAUGCUGAAGUACGUUCUCUUACUGAUGGUGUUAAUAUCAAUGGGUUAAGCAUAUCCUGUUUUACAGAGCUGUAUAAUCUCUUUCUUCAAMUUUUUGCCAAGUGYGCUAMCGCGUCUCUUGUUGUCAGGAUCAAAACACAUCRUUACAUUUCACUUKUGUUCAACAGAGAGAAUGUUAUCUUACUGGACAGCAAAUCAACUGCUCCACAGUUUUUAUCCCCUAAAGAUGGAAUGGUUUAUCUUCARCAGGAAUGUCAAGAAAAUUCUUCCUUUUCAGCAUUCAACAUUGGAUUCAAUGGAUCAAAGGGGGCUCCUAUUGAUGUUGAUCAACUUCCAGCUGUCCAUGUGAAAAAAGAUUUUACCAGCAGUCUUGAGGAAAUCUGGCAGUCUGAGAAUAUCUCACUAAGUGAAGAUACCAUAGUUUCUGAACAACAUGGAUGUAUUACAGUAGGAGAUUUGAGAUCUUUGAAACCUGGUGCUUUGKUGAAUGAUGCUGUGAUGAAUUACAUAGGCAGUUUCCUGAUGUCACAGAAUAAAGGUGUAUUUGUUGCAAACACAUUUUGGUUACAACAGCUUCAGAGGAAGAAAAGAAUUCCAAUGACAGUUGACUUAUCUAAGUAUAACAAAUUGAUAUUUCCUGUUCAUUGUCCAGGGCAUUGGUGGUGUGUCAUGAUUGACACUACAUUGCAAGUGUAUGGGGAAUACGAUUCCUUGUGCAGAGAACGAKAGAGCUCAUAUGUCUUUGGGCUGCUCAGCUCUGUUUGUUUACAAUCAAAUAUUGAUCUUUCCGCAUUCAGAAAACUCAGCUAUCASGAAAGAAUGAAGCUUCCCUCCCAAGGCACCAACACCAAGGACUGUGGUGUUUAUGUCCUCUGCUCGAUAACUCUGUUCUUGCAAGGCCUACCGAUAUCCUACAAAAUGUCUUCAAUGGAUUCCAUGAGACUGGAAUUUAGCAAGGUAAUUUUGAAUGUAAGACCUUCACUAUAAGGUAUGGUCGAAAUUUUGAAAUUGUGUUUAUUUGGUUUUUGAUGCUCAUAUGCCUUGAUGAGUUUCAACUCACAUAAAUAUUCCAAUCUAAAAAAUGCCUUUGUUGACAGAAAAAAAGUACUUAGCUA